AACCAUUACUCUCUUCUGACGAUUUGUCAGAUUAUUGAUGCGGUGGUUUGAAUCACGUUUGAAUUUAAGUGCGAAGCUUCGCAUUUGUCUUUAUUUGCCUCCCCUAAUGUGCUUUAAUUAAUAAAUGAAAGUCUCCGUAGUGUGAUUGUAAAGUGAAGCUAGUGUUAAUAAGUGAAAAAUCAUGGUAUUGGCUGAAAGAAGUACCGAUGUUCGGAACGGGAAGCGGUCGAGGGGGCCAAGCCCCAAUGGUCAUGGAAGUCCAGAUUCAAGUUCAGAAGAUGAAAAUGUAGUGCCAUUUGCAGCUGAGAAAAUCAGAGUGGGUAGGGAUUACCAAGCAGUUUGUCCUGAACUUGAGCCAGUUGAUCAACGGAAACCGGAGCAAAUAUCAGAUCGCGCAUUAUUAGUGUGGUCACCUACUGCAGAUAUCACUGACAUGAAAUUGGAUGAAUAUAUUACAACUGCAAAAGAAAAAUAUGGAUAUAAUGGGGAACAAGCACUUGGCAUGUUAUUUUGGCACAAACACGACCUCAACAGAGCAUCUAUGGAUCUUGCUAACUUCACUCCCUUUCCUGAUGAAUGGACAGUUGAGGAUAAGGUGUUAUUUGAACAGGCUUUUCAGUUCCAUGGCAAAAGCUUUCACAGAAUAAGGCAAAUGCUCCCUGAUAAAUCCAUAGCAUCACUAGUCAAAUAUUACUAUUCAUGGAAGAAAACACGAGCGCGCACAUCCCUCAUGGAUGUUGUAGGUGAAGGCCGAAAUGCUACCAGCUCCGGCACUGGUAAACGGGAAUCUGGAGCAGGGUCUGAGCCAGGAGGUUCAGAUAAAGAGUCUGAUAACGACGAGAAGAAGUGGACUUACCACCGUGGUAUAGUGCGUGGCGGGAAGGGCCAGCCGGCGGGCGGGAGCUCGCUUCGCGCGUCCGGAUCCGGGCCGCAGGGCGAGGCGAGUGCCGAAGGCGCCGGCAAGAGUUGCACCGUGUGCGGCAUUCUGUGCUCUCACAUCACGCCGCACAACUCGCACAAGUUGUGUCAGGCUUGCCUCGUGCAUGCCAGACGCACGGGCACGAUGCGGCCGCUGUGCGGGCCUUCGGGGCGGCGCGGGCCGGGCUCCAAACAGCAGCGGUACAAACACCGUUUGCCGCGCGGCAUUUACAUCAAUCACGACGAUCUGGUCGCCAUGGCCACCGGGCCCCAGCCCGGCGACGCCCCGGUGGCAGGCCUCGUCAAUCAGGGCGACGCCAUGCUUAAAGCGAUGGACAGGGAAAUUAUAUCGCUAAAGAGACAAGUACAGCAGAAUAAGCAACAAUUAAGCGCAAUGAAACGCAAGGUGGGAGACGCGGGAGUUGAGGAGUUGAGGCCUGGAGAACCACCGGCAAAGAUAAAUUCUCGUUGGACAAAUGAUGAACUCCUAAUGGCCGUCACAGCAGUCAGGAAAUAUGGUCGCGACUUCCAAGCGAUCGCAGAGACGCUAGGCACGAAAACAGAGGCGCACGUCCGCACGUUCUUCGUGUCGUACCGACGUCGUUACAACUUGGACGCGGUUCUGCGUGAACACGAGGCUGAUGAGUCGGCGCGCGUCAAUAAUCCACAAAUAAACCGCACAGGUGCAACGAGCACAGAAUCAACAGACACAGCCAACGACAACACUAACGCUAACAACGGGACAGCGUCGCCGCCGUCCACCAAUAAAGAUGAGAAAAUGGAAGUGGACAGCGAGGGCGUAGCUAUCGGCGCGUCGGCGGAGCAGGGCGGCCCGCCCACCACGCCGCCCAAACACAAGUCCAGCAAGUGAUGGCCCUUCUAGGGCUGCCGGCUCGUCUAAUGUGCCCCACGGUGACACCCCUGAACACAGCACUGUUUGAAAUUUCGCUUAUUUAUUACAAUAUAAUACAGAAUCCUUUAUUGCACAUAAAGCAAAACAAAUAGCUACAUGUAUUUACAUUAAAAAUACAUUAUAUGUGCAAAAGGCGACCUCUGCGAGCUUAUUCUUCAAGGCAACCAAUAUUAUAGAAAAAAAAAUUAACCACCUCAUGGACGAUUUGAUAGUUGCGUCUUUUGAACUUCGACUGUGACUUCGAAAAUGUAUUAUUUUAUCCUCCGAUUACUACAUUGUCUUGUUAAUUAUAUUUUUUAAUAUGAAUUUUGUGACAUGAACUCAUAUUUAUUCUGCAUUAAACAAUGCUAUGGCAAUUUGUCGGCGAUAUACAUAUAUGGCCAUAAACUUCAAGCUACGACGUAGCGAUUGGUUUGCACGAGCUGUCGCGUACUCUCGCACAUCAAUAGAUUUUCAUAGUGAGCUAAAGCAAUAAUUCCUGGUAUAAGUAGACUUAUGCACAAAUAUUAGCCAGUAUGUUUCAUAAUUUAAUGAAUACUAUAUAUUUUGUAUAUCUGCUUCUAUCUACAAAUCAUAAAUAUUAAUUUCUUAUGAAUUAAAUGUAUAUUCAAAGGCAGGUGCAUGGGAAUACCCGUGCACUUAAACACUAGCACUGAAUAGCAUAUACAGAAGCAUUUGUUCCUAGUAAUCAAAGUAAACUAUAUAUAAAAUUGUUCAUAGAUCUUAUAGUGAGACUGUUGAUGGACUAUAAAAAAGACGAUCAGAAAUCAGAACAUAAAUCUUAGAUGGGGUAAUGUUGUCAAAAUAAUAAAAAAAACCCUGAUUACGUGUAGUGGUGAGUAAAAGUCAGUCACACGUGUAUUUGAUAAUAUGGAGAAGUUCAGUCGUCUUUUUUGACGUCCGUUGGUUGAAAAUAAGGCAAUAUUAAUACUGGGUUUGUAUAAGGUGUAAUGAAAAUCUGUUGUACUUCAGUGGUCAUUGUUAUGGAGUUCCGUUUGGAAUUGUGAUUUUCGUGUAAGGAAUGACAGUAUACGCAUAGUAUGGAUGUAAAUAUAGUAUUCGAAAUUAGGUAUGUAAUUGUGGAAAAUUUAAGACGUCAACGCCUUUACAAGUGGGGCUAAAAUGCGCGGUUUCUAAAGGAUAUACUGAAGACGGCGAUGUCUAUUUUAAAUUCAAUGAUAUAAUAUCCCUUUUAAUUCAUUCGUCGAUGUGAGCCUUUGAGAGCUGUGCUCUUGUACGGUUUAAUGAUCUCUCGGCGUAUCUUAGUUGUAUCUCAAUGAUAAUCACUUGCCUUAAGUAACCAUUCUUCUAAUAUACUCGCAUUCACACUACAGAUUAUAGUACUACCUAAAGUGGUAUAGUUUUGUAUAAUAUUUUAAGUAAUAGGCAGUUUAUUAGUCUUAAAAAUUAUUAAUCUAUAAGCAUAAUCAAUUGAAUUAUGUCCAUUUUGCUUGUAGUUUUAUAGUUGAACUAACAAUGAAUUAGAUUUUAGGGCGAUUUUAUUCGAUGAUUGGUUAAGACUUAUUUAUCAUAGUCUCAAAUUUUAUCUAAUUCUGAACAGCAUCUGUGCGUAUGGUUGGCGAACUGUAUCGCGUGUGCACGUGUGCAUUCUCGCUUCAUUGUGUUAAGCCUAAUUUUUGUAAUUAAUAUGAACAUAAUGAUGUAUAGAAAUAAUUAAUAUUGACGAUAUUUUUAUACACUUAAAAGACAUCUUUGUAGAAGUUCGUGUGAUUAGUACUUUAGUGUCAUUUAAUUUUAGAAGUCUAUUAACGCAGCGAUUUGUUUGGUGAACAGAAUUUGGGUAAUUAUAAUAAGUAGAUAUUAGACGACGGAAGUGCAUUUUAGUACAGUCGCAUUCUGUGCCCUCAACAAAUCGCCUCCUUCAUAGAUAACUUGACUAUAUUUACAAUUUCGUUUGGUAUAAUGUAUUUAAUUGAUCGCUUGUUUAUAGCAUAAUGUCCUGAUAGUUAUAUUAUAAUGAAUACAUCACGAUUGAUGAUGAAGUACGUGUUUGAUGAUGUGUUACCGGAGUUUAAGUUUAUUUUGUAAUUGUAACCAUUGACUGCGUUCAUGAUAUAGUAAUAAUUUGAAAAUCUCACUUUUACGUUCGCUUAUACCUGAAAUUUUCAAAGGUUUUACUACGUCCUACGACAUAAUUUAUUGUGUACAUAGGUACUCACCAUAGUUUAAUCUUUUUUUAAGAUAAGUAGUAAUAAAUUUCGUAUUUGAGCAUUUCUUCACAUUGCACUAAAACUAUUCUGAUACAUUCAAAUAACGUCCGCCUAUCACUGACGUAGCAAUAUUUUAUUCGCCUUUAUAUAAUUCUUUUUUAUUUUAAUGAAAGCGAGUGUAUUUUUUUAAAUAUACUAUAAUGUAGUUGGGGUCAUGGGUUCUUAAUAAUUUAGUAGUACUGCCCAUUUCUACUAAUCAUAUAGACGACUAAUUAUAGGUAAACUGCCCUAUGUAAUUUUAAAUUAUAUCAUUAUUAUUCGAGAUUAAAAUUAAUUAUGUGUAAUGAUUUGAAUUUGACUUUUCAUAAGAUGGCGGUCACAUUGCUCCGUUGUACAACGAUGCGUCGACGUAGAGCGUUGCCGCUCAGAAUGACAUUGACGUAUGUCGGCGCACUGCAGUUGUGCCAAUACUGAACGCUUGCACAACUGCAUUGUGACGACAUCGCCAUCGCGCUGCGUUCCAUCAACGGAUCAACGGAGCGCAGCGCGACGGUGCAAUGAGGCCGCACUUUAAGUUGCGUACACACUGUUUACAUUGUAAUAAUCUAGAAAAAAUUGGUGCAGUGAGAUAAAGUUGGCCUAAUGACUAUGAAGAAUACUCGUUUAUACCGUUUACUCUCGCCUUAAUCUGUUGUAACUAUGUACCAAUUGACGGUAUUCAACCUUUGUCGUAUGCACAUUUCUCAGUUGUUACAUUGUAAAUACUGUUACGUAUUAAAAUUGUGUCUUUAUACUGGGAGUUUUAUGCCGGGUCCACAUUGAGCCAACGAACGCCAUUAAAUAGUAUUCGGCGAUUAUACUUGUCUCUUUCUAUGCUAUAAAUAGGAAGCCAUCAUUUGUCCUUCAUUGGCUCGGUGUGUACAUAUCAUUAGAUGAAUAUAAGUUAGUGGAAGUGGGACGCCUGUAUAAUAUCGUGCUGUUUUAUCUCUAUACUAUAAAAUCGUACUACUUUUACUUUGCGUUCUAGUAAUAUAAUGUCAUAGAUAAGAGAUAAUCGUGUUUUUGUUCGUUUUACUGGACGUAAUGGCAAAAAUCAGACGCCUUGCAGUAGAUCCGAACGCCAAUCACACCGAACGCGUAUCCAGCACUUUCUCAGCAAAUUCUAUGCAAUUUGAACACACUAAAGGUAGUAAUAAUAGUGCGUUAAUUCCAUACAACGGUGCAGGAAAAGGGCUGCACAGGGAUUCGGUGUGCACGGGCCUUUAUCUUAGGCAAAUAUGAGAAAUAAUCAAACUAUAAAUUAUAAUUAUGGCAACACUUUUAUCAAUUUUCAAUAACGUUUGUUCCUUUGCCUGAUGUGUCUGACGAUAGAACAAACUCAGAUUUGUCGUGGCAUAAAAUCGCUCCCAAAGACGUCCACUCAAUGAAGUCACACUAUUUAUUGAUGCUAAUUAGGAUUAUCAGAAUUAAAUUAUUUUUAUUAGUUAUUGUGUUCUGUAUAUUAAGGAAAUCAGUUUUGCAGUUCGUUUUAUAAGUGAGCUCAAGCGGUACCUACUUUAUUUAUCCUAAAUUGAUUAACACAUAGUCCUUACUUCAGGGAGUUUAUUUUAAGGAUAAUAAUAAAUAUAAGUAUCUAUAAUAA